GUGAUUAUGGCAUUGGCGGCGCAUUUACAAUUGGUAGAGGCAGAAAAACAGAAGUUACGUACCCAGGUGCGAAGAUUGUGCCAGGAAAAUGCAUGGUUACGUGAUGAAUUAGCUUCCACUCAACAAAGAUUGCAAGCCAGUGAGCAAACUGUGGCUCAGUUGGAAGAAGAGAAGCGGCAUCUGGAAUACAUGAGUUCUAUAAGUAAAUAUGACCAGGACGUGAAUGAAGAUAAUACUUCUGAGAAUCCAAAGAAUGAAAAGCCUGAUCCAGUUGUCGAUCUAUUUCCUGAUGAUGAUACUGAUGAUAGACACAAUAUGUCUCCCACUCCUCCAAAUCAGUUGCAAUUAUCUCAACAGGUUAAUGCUGGCUAUGAAAUUCCCGCUCGUCUACGAACAUUACACAAUUUAGUCAUUCAGUAUGCUUCUCAGGGCAGAUAUGAAGUUGCCGUUCCCCUUUGUAAGCAGGCUUUAGAAGAUUUGGAAAAAACCAGUGGACAUGAUCAUCCAGAUGUUGCUACAAUGCUGAAUAUUUUAGCUCUAGUUUACAGAGAUCAGAAUAAAUACAAGGAAGCAGCUAAUCUUCUCAACGAUGCUUUGGCAAUAAGAGAAAAAACUCUUGGUGAAAAUCAUCCAGCAGUAGCUGCUACCUUGAACAAUUUAGCUGUUCUCUAUGGAAAGCGAGGAAAAUAUAAGGAAGCUGAACCUCUCUGUAAGAGAGCAUUGGAUAUAAGAGAAAAUAAUCGUCAUCAGGGUAAAUAUGAAGAGGUUGAGAAAUAUUACCAGAGAGCGUUGGAAAUUUAUGAAAAAAGGUUGGGUGCUGAUGACCCUAAUGUUAGUAAGACAAUGAAUAAUCUAGCUUCUUGUUAUUUGAAACAAGGCAAGUACAAAGAAGCUGAAGUUCUCUACAAGCAGAUUCUCAAUAGAGCACACGAACGGGAAUUUGGAACUAUUGACGUUGACAAUAAACCAAUUUGGCAAGUAGCCGAAGAACGAGAAGAAAAUAAGGCAAAGAACAGAGAGAAUGCACCAUAUGGUGAAUAUGGAGGAUGGCAUAAAGCCGCAAAAGUAGAUUCCCCGACAGUAACUACCACAUUGAAAAAUUUGGGAGCAUUGUAUAGACGACAAGGAAAAUACGAAGCUGCAGAAACUCUGGAAGAUUGUGCACUUAGAAGUAGAAAAGAG